AUGCGCUGCGGGGCGCUGGCGUUAGCGCUGCUCUGCUCCCUGCCCUUCUGCCCGUCGGGGCUGGAGCCCCCCGAGCCGGGCUCCGGGCUGCAGCCAGAUGAAGUCAACCUGCUGGACAAAAUCACCUCCCAUGCACAGGACCUCAGCAACGUUUCCUUUGGCCGUGACGAAGCCAACUGCAACACCCUGGAGGUUGGGCAAUAUGCCACCCUCACCAUCCCAACCAGGGAGGCCUUUGGGGACAGGUUUGCAGAUGAGCUGAGUGUGCUGAUGAAGCUCAGGUACUCCCUGAAGGAGGACACCAGCCUGGUGACCAUCCUUAGCCAUCGGAGCCACGUGCUCUUCCAGAUCAGGAUUAACCCAUAUGCCUUGAUCUUUGUCACCACGAGGAGGAGACACUACGAGUUCCCAGUUUCUUUUCUUGGUGAUGGGCACUGGCACAGAGUUGCCCUCAGCAUCUCCUUGGAGAGGCUGGAGCUGCACGUGGACUGUCGGCUGGUGGACAGAGUGAGCUGGUCCAAUUAUUUUGGGAUGGGAGUGAACACUGAGGGACUCAUCAUCAUUGGAGGCCUGAUCGAGUCCUUCGAGAUCCCCUUUAAGGGUGCUCUACAGCAACUGACCUUUGUGAUGGGAGAUGCAGCAGCAGCCAGUGAGCACUGCCACAGCUCCACGUGUGGACCCUCCUUCAACCUCAACCACCUCAGGCCCCUGGGAGAACUUCCACCAGCCUGGCCAGAGGACUCCAGACUCACCACUUCAGAUUUGGCCCCGGGGCCACCUUGGAGGUGGGAGGCUGCCCAGGAGACCCCCAACCUCCAGCCUGAUGGGAGCACCCUGGCUUUCCUCUCAGCUCCUGAGGUGCCAUCAGCCGAGGAGGAAGAAGAGGAGGGCAGCCUUUCUAUCGAGGAUGAAGGCUUUGAGCUCUUGAACUCCACCUAUAAUAAAAUCACAGGCCUUGGCAGGCCAGGGCUUGGCAGGAGCAGCCUGUGGGUGGCUGGGAACCCUGGAGCCUCCCCCAAAACACACAGAGCAGCCAAGAAGGAGAGAGGCUCUGACCCCCAGGAGGAAAACGUCACCACGGAGAAGGUGACGGGUGAUGGGGACACCAUGGGGUGGGUGCUGUCACCCAGCAAGCCUGGUGAUGCCCUCACCCCCCUGGACCUGCCUGCCACCUUCACCAAGGUCUCCCCGUCGGCACCUCAGGCAGCUGCUCCCAAAGGAACCGUGGCCAGAGGUUCCCCGGGGACAGGGUCAGCAGUGGGUGUCCCAGAGCAUCCUGCAGUGCCAGCCAGCCCUGUUGCCCCAGGGCUGGGGGACAGUGCUGCCCACCCAGGACACCCCCUCUCACCAGUGGCACAAGAGCAGCAGGGGCAGGUGAAGCCAGGACCACCGGGGCUGCCGGGACCACCAGGGCUGCCAGGCUGUCCUGGGAGACGUGGACUGGUGGGACCCAAAGGAGACAAAGGGUACCCUGGAGCCGUGGGCAGGACAGGCCCCCCGGGUGACCCAGGCCCUGUGGGCAUCCCUGGUGUCCCCACCAUUGUCCUGUGGAGGAACUCCAGGGAGGACUGGCAGACCUUCACGCAAUCAUCCUUUUACCAGCUCCUACACUCUGGCUGGCCGAGAAAACCCGGAGCCCCUGGACCCCCAGGACAUCCAGGGAAGACAGGAGCACCUGGACCCAACGGAGACCCCGGGGAGCCGGGCGAGAAAGGGCAGCGGGGACAGACGGGUGAACCUGGGUUCCAGGGCUCUCCAGGACGUGCAGGUUACCCAGGCUCAGAUGGUCUCCCUGGCCUGGAUGGCAAACCUGGGUCAUGGGGGCUGCCAGGGGAGCAGGGACUGCAGGGCUUCCAGGGUGACCAGGGGCUGGCUGGUGAGAAAGGAGAAGAGGGUUUCUUGGGUGACCCUGGACCAGCUGGGGAGAAAGGAGAGAAGGGAGCAAAGGGGGUGAAGGGAGAAAAUGGCCUGCCAGGUCCUGCUGGGCUUCAGGGGAUGGCAGGUCUGAAGGGUGUGAUGGGCUUCCCAGGCCCCGUGGGGCUGCAGGGUGAAGGUGGCUCAGGGGGUUUCCCAGGCCCUGUGGGCCCCAUGGGAGAGCCAGGCCAGCCAGGACCUGUUGGAUGCCAGGGUGUCAAUGGCUCUGAGGGAGAAUCAGGCCCUCUUGGCUUGCCUGGCCCCCAGGGCCCCAAGGGACCACAGGGCUUGCAGGGGAGACGUGGCCCCCCCGGCCCCAGGGGCACACAGGGUCCUGCUGGGAUGGAGGGAUCCACUGGUCCCAAAGGAGACACCGGCACAGAGGGUGCCCCUGGGCUGAGGGGACAGCCAGGCCAGGAGGGCCCUGGGGGCUUUAUUGGCCUGCCAGGUCCAAAGGGCACCCAAGGAGAGCAGGGCUGUCGAGGUCCACGUGGAGUCAAGGGAGACCUGGGAGCCCAAGGAGACAAGGGUCCCCAAGGAGCACAAGGAGCAAAAGGACCUGCAGGGAAUCGGGGCCAGCCAGGCUUGCAGGGCUUUCCUGGCCCCCGAGGAGCAGCAGGGCCCCGGGGACCAGAUGGAGAAGAGGGCCAGAUUGGCCCCGUGGGGCUGAACAGCAGCGAGGGACCCAAGGGAGGUCGAGGACCUGAUGGCCCAAAGGGAACCUCAGGACCACGGGGAGCCCGGGGCCGCGUGGGGCAGCGCGGGCUGGUCGGAGUUCCCGGGAUGCCCGGCUCACGGGGCAUGCCAGGAGCAGAAGGCACAGAAGGAAAGCCUGGUACACAGGGUCCCCCAGGGACUGUGGGCAGCCCAGGCAGGAGGGGACCACCGGGUUUUGCUGGCUUGCAGGGCAGCCCUGGGCACGUGGGGCCUCCUGGAUCCAUAGGCUCUCUGGGAAAACCUGGACCUGAUGGAAACCCAGGUUCCCUGGGCACAAAGGGGCUGCCCGGGAAGCCUGGCUUGGAGGGGCCCCAGGGACCUGUUGGCAUCCAUGGCUACCCAGGACCUGAUGGUGACCGUGGGAGGCCAGGGCAGAGGGGAGACAAGGGAGAAGCAGGAGCCCAAGGCCCACCAGGAUUUCCAGGAAAAGCUGGACCCAAGGCCCUGCCAGGUCCCCCUGGUCCACGAGGUGCUCCUGGCUCCCAGGGCAGAGUGGGGCAGCCGGGUCCUCCAGGGCUUCCAGGGCUGCCUGGUGUUCCUGGUGCACGGGGGCUGGAUGGUGUUCCUGGGAAACCUGGCUCAGCAGGAGAAAUGGGAGCUCCUGGAGCCACUGGAGCUGCUGGCCCACCAGGGUACCCGGGCCGGGAAGGUCCAAAAGGGGCUGAAGGGCCUUCAGGGAGGAGAGGAGAGAAGGGCCACGUGGGACACCCCGGGAGUCCUGGCAUCAGGGGGCUGGAUGGGGAGCAGGGACCACCAGGACGGCCGGGAGCGGAGGGUCAGCCAGGGCCCAAAGGAGAGCAGGGAGAGGUGGGAACCUGUGGAGCCCCGGGCAUCAGAGGGAGCCCUGGAGAGCCAGGGGACAAUGGGCCUGAGGGGCUACCAGGGAGGCCUGGGGGUCAUGGAAAGGAGGGUGAUCCUGGCGACGCUGGAGAUCCGGGUGAGCCAGGAGCACGAGGACAGAAGGGUGACGAUGGCCCCAGGGGCCUUGCUGGAGUGCCUGGUCCAGGAGCUGCUACAGGGCAAAUUGGAGAAAAAGGCCAGAAAGGAGAGAAGGGCCAAGAAGGUUUGAUGGGCCAGGUUGGUGUCACUGGAGCUGUGGGUCCUGCUGGAGCCAGAGGAUGGUUUGGUGAGCUGGGUCUCCAAGGUCCUCCUGGGCUUGAUGGUCCUGAGGGAGUGAAGGGAGAUCCAGGGCCACCAGGCAUGGAUGGUCCCACUGGUGCUGCAGGAUUAGAGGGACUCGAUGGAGAUGACGGAGCCAAGGGAGACAGCGGCAAACCUGGCCUGGCCGGCGCAGCGGGUGCCCGGGGAGCAGCGGGUGCCCCCGGGCUGAGGGGCUACACCGGGCACGGAGGAGCCAGAGGAGUAACGGGUGCCAAGGGACAGCCAGGCAAGCAGGGUCCCCUUGGACCACCCGGGGAAGCUGGAGCCAUGGGGCUGAGUGGCAUCAAGGGCCUGGUGGGUGCAAAAGGGGAGCCAGGCAGGCCAGGAAGACUGGGACAAAUGGGAUCUCCAGGACGAGCUGGUCUUAAAGGGUGGAAAGGCUGCAAAGGAGAAAAGGGUGAUGUGGGGCAUGAAGGGGAAGAAGGGGUCCCUGGAGAAACUGGCAGACGGGGCAAGCGAGGCAAGAUGGGCCACCGGGCCCCCAGAGGCCCCCGGGGACCCAAGGGCUUCCCAGGUGACAAGGGACUGCCAGGACCCCAGGGCCCCCAAGGACCCUACGGCAUCCCAGGGCUGAAGGGCAUGAAAGGAGACCCUGGACCCAAAGGACACAAGGGUGAGAAGGGCAGCAUGGGUGAGCUGGGCCAGCAAGGGGACGAUGGCUUCAAGGGCAAGCCAGGACCCAGUGGCAUCCCUGGGAGGCCAGGACCCAGAGGACAGCAGGGUGACAGAGGCUCCCCUGGCCCACAGGGACACCCUGGCAUCCCUGGGACCCCGGGCUUGUCUGGACCCAAAGGGCUGAAAGGCUUCCCGGGGCUGCGGGGACCCCGGGGUGCACCAGGCCUGCCGGGUCUGGCCGGCCCCCCUGGUCCCAGGGGACCCGCGCUGAUGCUGUCUGGGGAGGAGCUGCGGCACUUAAUUUAUCCCUCCAACCACCUGAAUUACACGGCGGUCUGGGCUGUGCUGGACACCCUGAGCCAGGAGCUGCAAACCCUCACUGAUCAUCCCAACGGCACCAAAACCAACCCAGCAACCACCUGCAAGGAGCUGCUGCUGGCCCACCCCAGCCUGCCUGAUGGGCAAUACUACAUCGACCCCAACCAGGGCAGUCCCCAGGAUGCACUGGUGGCCUUCUGCAACUUCACAGCAGGGGGUGAGACCUGCAUAGCCCCCAUCCACAACCAGGUCCCCAUCAAGGCUUGGCUGAGCACCUACACCUCCAAGGACACCUUUGAGUGGUUCAGCACCCUUCCUGGGGGCUUCCUGCUGGAGUACACGGGGGCCAGCCCGGUGCAGCUCCGCUUCCUCCGCCUGCACAGCCACCUGGCCACCCAGAAGGUCUCCUACUCCUGCAGACCAGCCCCCCAGCAGGGCCAGCCCCAGCCCCAGAAGGAAAUCCUCUUCCUGACUGACUCCCGGGAGCAGAGCUAUGCAGCCAGCCUGCAGGGCUGUGUGCUGGACAACGAGUCCUUCAUCACUGACACCAUCUUCCAGUUCACCACCGAGGAGCUCUCCCUCCUGCCCCUGCGGGACCUGGCCGUCUUCCACAACGGCGACACCUCACACCAGUUUGGUUUCACAGUCGGACCAGUUUGCUUCACCUGAAACCAGUGACACCCAAAACCGAGCUGACCAGUUCCCUCCCCACCCAAGAACUGUCCCACUGGGGACACGUGCAGAGGCUGGGGGGUGACACGGGUCUCCCACCUGCUCCUUGGAGCUGCUGGUGCUGUUUUUGAGACGUGUGUUUGUAGCUGCAUUAUGCCAUGGACUACACUUCCUUCUGGAGUAGAA